GGUAAGAAGACUCAACAUUUGACAUUUAACGCGCACGACUGACUCUCCGUCGCACUUGCCUACCUCUACUUUUAGUUUGAAGGCGCGUUGGACCUACUACCUACGUAUGCCUCCUUCCUUUCCUCCUUCUCGUCUCAUCCUCUUGCCGGGUUUAGUGUUUGCACCUGGGCACCUGCGUCAAUGUGUUGACCGGUCAAGGAAGGGGCCGAAGGGCUCCCUACCUUCCGUCACAAGCAGGGUUCAAGGUCCCCAACCACGCCGGCUUCUGCUCCUUCCCUCCGUCCCCAUUCAUGGGUCACCGCUGGGCCUUGGUAUUGGGCUGCAGGAUGUACUUCGUACCUACACAGGUACCUGCCUAGGUAGGUAUCUUAGUACUACGCAUACAAUACGUGAGUAUAUAGCAAUCAAGAACACAACUGGACGUCUAUUGCUGGAUGACAUUGCGAUGGGCCGCGAACGCACCCAUCCACUGGUCACUAUAUGCUUCACGUGGGAAGAAGAAGAAGAAAGAAUACCGUUCCAUCUGCAUAAUCUGAAAUCUCCAUCUUGUCAAUGGUUGUGAGGCCAAGACUCAGGCUCAAAAAAACAACAAUAGGGAGGAAAAAAGGAAAGAAGAAAAAGGAAGAGCGCUUGCAGCUCCUCGUCAUCACUCGCUCUUUCCGUUGAAAGGUCCCCCACAUUCUCACACCUCCCUUAGGUACCUAGAUACCUAGGUACCCCUCAAAGAUCAUGCACCUGUGACUGUGACCCGCAGCAUGUACCCGAUCGAUGCCUUUUCCGCUAUUGCGAGCGGGGGUAGAGAGCAAAGGAAAAGACAAUAAUAAUGAUUUGAAGGGGGGAAAAAAAGGAAUCACU